AUGGAAACGUACUUUGAGGUGACUCCACUUUCGAUUGCCGUACUAUAUGCUCUUGAUGUUUACUGUACAGGGGGUGUGCCGGGGCACGAGGACGAGUGGCUAGAGGCACUGUAUCAUUGUUUCAAUUUGCCUUGCGGCGAUUGCAGCUCGAUCGUCGGUGCGCUUUCGCGUUUUCAGACGAGCGAGUGCGCCGCUUUUUUCUUGUGGACUCACAAAUUGUGGCAAGUGACAAGUGCGCGCGAUAUUUCGGCGUUGCUGCAAGCUGCUAGAAUAUAUAUAGAGCUCAGGUCUGGCCCCGGGGGGAAGCUGGUCAACCCGCUGGGUCCUCAAUCCAUUUUCGGGACUUGGUGUGCUGAUCUUGCAAAGAACUACCUAUCAACCAAGGAUGUGAACUCUGUUUACGAAGAGUUUGUCAAAUCACGGCAACAGACUUUGAAAGUUGUUGAGAGCGCAGAAUAUGUGGAGUUUGUGAACAAACUGCCCAAGGAGCCGUUAUCGUGCGCACCAAGUUCGAUUAAAGACGCAAUUGAGCGUGAACUGGCUCCUGAAGAUCCCAUGAGUGAGCUUAGGGCUGCUAAGGCAUUCGAGGAAGCCCGUGCUGUCGAACGCAAAAUGCAAGAUAAUGAUAUCGACGGUGCAAUCCGGGCUAUGCAUGCAAAGUACUCGCGGCUGCCCGAAUCUGAACAGCCCUUUUCCAUGUUGAAUCUGGCCGAGAUCUCUAUCCAGGUGGGUGAGAUAGAUCAAGCGGUGAAAUAUGCGACGGAGGCUAUUGCUUUAGCACGGAGAAAAGGUAAUGAUUCAGUUGUUUUGGUAGCCACGCUUACUUUGUUUUCUAUGAGCAUUGAUUUCCCCGACCAUAUGCUUGAGGUCAUGGGUGGUCGACAAAGUUUAUGGGCAUUUUUGGAGUCCAAUCAAAACAGGCAUAUUUUGGCCCAAGAUUUUAAUGCGAGAUUGCUGUUCAAAGAACUCGCAGUGCAACAAGCGUUGUACGGUGCUUUACCCAAGCCUGCUCUUGAAGAGGCACUUCGCGAAUGCGAAACUGUGUUUCACUCUAAUAGCGAUGUUGAUAUUGGAGGUUCAGUCAGUUAUCGAUCGUUGUUGGUUCUUUCCGACUUUUUGCAGGCGGACAGCUCUAACUUUAAUGUUGACUGUGCGAUAUCAGACCUCCUCAAACAAAAGGCAAAUAUCAAUUCAAAAAUGCAAAUGGAUUUGUUUGUGAACACAGUGAUUGUGCUUGGAUUUGGCAUGGACUUGACAGACAAUGCCCUUGAAGUUGUCAAAAGCUCGCAAACGCUUCUCGAGAAAGACAGAUCUAUUUCUGAAACAUGGUCGCUUAUCCUGUCUAUGCUAUUGACUUACAAGUAUGUGAAAUCAGAAGAGUUUGACCGAGCUUUGUCGUAUUUACGGCAGGCUGAAGCAUGUGUUACUCCAUCCACCGCUUUGGUGUUGAGGGUCGCGUUGGAUCAAUUGACGCUCAAAUUUUUUAUUGCAACUGACAACCCCGAGUCUGCAUUUCAACAUUCCAUUGGUAAAUAUCUUAGCGAUAUGACCACAGCUAACGGCCAUAUGGCGUUUAGCAUGUUGCAUUUGGCGUCGGCCGUGCGGGCAUUGGCCGAUAUUGCCCAGUAUGAUAUCUCUGCGUAUGAACAGGGAGAAGAAUAUUUAAUGAAAUUCGAAGAGCAUUCGAAACAUCACUAUCAGGAGACUGCAGAAAUCCAUGUCAAGAUUUCAAAGGUUAUGCUUCUCUGUGCUGCUAACAAAACAUCGCUGGCCCUCCAACAAAGCCAAGAACUCAUUGAUCGGCUGAGUGGAGUCAAAUGGUCGUCGUUGUUAGCGGAAGCCUAUGUUAAUCACACUAAAACGCUGGUCAGUGCAUACAACGAAGGCCUGGUUGGUCGGGAGGUUGUUAUCAAAACUUUCACCAACACACAAUACAUGCUCACCAAGCGGUUCGAGCGUUGUGGGUUUAAACGACUACAGAGGGAACUGGACGAAAUUGGGCAAACCAUUGAGGGCUUGAAUUGA